AUGGUUUAUCUGCAAAAGAUCCAAAAAACCCAUGUCUUACAGAUCCUAAUCCUGCUCUUGCUUAAUCCAUUUCUGGUGCCAAGUAGAGCACAACAACUAAGGAGCACAGAACCAUCUUUCUAUUACAAUCUCUGUGCACCCUCAGCAUGCAACAAUAUCACACUUACCUAUCCCUUCUCCCUUCCAUCACCUUGUCACCCUUCCUACUUCAUACCCACCUGUACCAACAAUGAAACCUUCUUCAUCACCAGCACUGAAAACAACAACACCUUAAGAAUCUUCACUACCAACUUCACCGUCGACAGAAUUUCCUUCUCCUUCUUCACUACCGACAACAAUCUUUUCAGCUGCGGCCCAAUUUCCAGGCCCAACUUCUAUUAUGCCGCUGUUCCCCUCAGUCUCCCCUGGGAUUACGCCUUUGGAACCCACCUUAACUGCACCACCACCAUCCCUGCCGGAGAUCUACCGGGGCUCCAGAGUGCUGCAUGUAUAGGUUGUCCAGGUCAGGAUCCCACCAAUGUUUGCUAUUAUGCGCCAGGGCUCGUUACGCACCCUAACUGUGAAACGUUCUACAUAUUCACAAAGGUGGGUUUCAAUGUAAGUGCGGCGAAGGAUCUGAGGGGUUAUCUGCAGAAGGGGUUUGAGCUUAGGUUUACCAAGACAGAGGAUUGCCUUAGAUGUGAGAACACUGGUGGAAGGUGCGGAGUCAACCCUUCUUUGUCUGAAUCUUAUGUUUGUUUCUGUCACUCUAACGUGCACCGUUUCAACUGCUCAGAUGGUAUGAUAGAGGACAUCACAACUUGGGGUGGAGGUGGAGGAGUAGACCAAGGAAGAAGAUCAUCACCUUCCAAAGUACUCAUUGCAUCGGUUUCUGCUUCUGUGGUGGUGUUCCUAGCACUCCUGGCAACAGUGGUGGCUCUUUUCUUCCGCUGUAGACAUAGAAAGAUAAACCAGAAGAAGAAAGAAGCAAUCUCCAAUUUAUCCCCUACGAGGUAUUCCUACUCUCAAAUUAAAAAGUUCACUAACAAAUUUUCAUCAAAACUUGGGGAAGGAGGAUAUGGAAGUGUUUAUAAAGGGAUCAUUCAUCGAAAAGGGUUCAAAGUACCAGUAGCUAUAAAGCUUCUAAAAUCAUCAAAACAAAGCCAGAAACAAUUCAUGAAUGAAGUGGCAACUGUUGGAAAUGUCCAUCACAAUAACUUAUUAAGUUUGUUGGGUUAUUGUGCUCAAGGGGAUAAACGUGCACUAGUUUAUGAGUUCAUGGAGAAUGGAUCCUUGGAUAAGUAUAUCUACACAAGCAGAAACAAACAAGGAGAGAGCAAUGAUGGAAGUUUUCAACCCUUGAGCGAUAAAAAAUUUCAUGAUAUAGCCUUAGAGACAGGUAGGGGGAUAUUGUACUUACACCAAGGUUGUAGGAGUAGGAUUUUGCAUUGUGACAUUAAACCUCACAAUAUGUUAUUGGAUUCAAACUGUACAGCAAAAGUUGCCGAUUUCGGGCUUGCUAGUAUGAUUGAUAAGGAACAUAGCCAUGUUUUGAUGUCGAAGGCUCGAGGCACUCCGGGGUUCAUAGCCCCGGAGAUGUGGCUGACGAGUUAUGGUCCCGUGACCGAGAAAUCCGAUGUGUAUAGUUAUGGGAUGCUGCUUCUGGAGAUGGUUGGUGGGAGAAUGUUGAAAUAUGAUUUGGAGGCAAAUCAUGAUUCAAGCCAAGUUUAUUUUCCUAAAUGGGCAUUUAACAAGGUCAAGAAUGGCGAAUCUCUUUUACCUGAGAAAAGAGAGGACAGCAAUGUUUCAAUUGUGAUUGAUAAGAAAGGAAGAGAUGAGAAGGAGGAAGUCCUUCUGGAAAGGAUUUGUUUGGUAGGUUUGUGGUGCAUUCAGCACCUACCUUCCAACAGACCAUACAUGGAUAGAGUGAUUCAAAUGUUGGAAGGAAGUGUUGAGGUUGGAAUUCCCUUAGACCCAUUUCCCACCGAGAUGGACACAAAUGCUGAAAAUUUCAACUAUUGCCCUUCUGUUUGUUUUAGCGUUGAUGAAAGAUCACAGCCUUGA